UAAUGAAAAUUGAGUGACCGUUUAUAAAUGAGGCCACGUAGAGGAAGAGCCUCAUACAAACGCAACCUCAUCAACAAAACAACCUCCACCACCAAAACCCCUCCACCUCCACAACUGUCAUCGGACUCCGCCGUGCACGGCGUUUCAGCGGUGGUUCAUGGCGGGGCAGUCGAGAAAGUGGAUGAUACUGGUGGCCACUAUAUGGAUCCAGGCCUUUACGGGGACCAACUUCGACUUCUCGGCGUACUCGUCGGAGUUGAAGAAGGUGUUGGGGAUAUCUCAGGUUCAGCUUAACUACCUUGCAGUAGCUUCUGAUCUCGGCAAGGCGUUCGGGUGGUCUUCGGGACUCGCUUCUCUCUGUUUACCCUUGUGGGUUGUCAUGUUCAUUGCUGCUUUCAUGGGUCUCUUUGGUUAUGGAGUUCAGUGGCUUGUCAUAAGGAAUAUCAUUGUCUUGCCUUAUUUUGUGGUUUUCCUCGUAUGUUUACUAGCUGGCUGCAGCAUAUGUUGGUUCAACACCGUCUGCUUUGUUCUAUGCAACCGAAACUUCCCCGCCAACCGCCCCCUCGCAAUCUCCCUCACCGUUAGCUUCAAUGGCGUAAGCGCCGCCUUAUACACCCUCGCUGCCAAAGCCAUCGAUCCCUCCUCCAACGCCCUCUACCUUCUCCUCAACGCUGCCAUCCCCCUCAUCACCUCCCUCGUGUCCCUCGUCCCCAUUCUCUGCCAACCCCCUCUCACCCCCCUCCCUCCUGAUGCUAUUCAUCGCGACUCCCUCAUUUUCCUCCUCCUCAAUGUCUUCGCAGUCAUCACCGGCCUCUACCUCCUUUUCAUCAUGCCAACCGACUCCUCAACCUCCCGCCUUCUCUUUGGCGGAGCCAUUUCCCUCCUCAUCCUCCCCCUAGGCAUCCCUGGCAUUGUCUACGCGCGUGAUUGGUUUCAUCGUGCAAUCCACUCUAGCUUUCGCCUUGAUGGCUCGGGCUUCAUUUUGGUAGAUGCCGAUGAGCUUGAGCUUCAUAAAGAGCUCAUAACCCGGGAGACGAUUGGAGAUGAGGAUGGGCCACCUUACGCGGUUACAGGACAAAACACGGGGGUAAGCGAAGGGUGUUGUGCGAAGAUGAUGGAGAGGGAUCGGCUGCUGAUGCUUGGGGAAGAGCAUAAGGCACGGAUGCUUGUUAGUCGAUUGGAUUUUUGGCUAUACUAUGUUGCAUACUUUUGUGGAGGGACAAUUGGGCUUGUUUAUAGUAACAAUCUUGGCCAGAUAGCUCAGUCACUUGGACAAGGUUCAGAGACACCAACUUUAAUCACUCUCUAUUCUUCUUUCUCCUUCUUCGGCCGAUUGCUUUCCGCUGCACCGGACUUCAUGCGUGUGAAGGUCUAUUUUGCGAGGACUGGUUGGCUAGCCAUCGGACUAGUCCCAACCCCAAUCGCCUUCUUCUUGCUCGCUGCAUCAAGCAAUACCAUAGCACUACAAACAGGCACCAUGCUAAUUGGCCUUAGCUCGGGCUUCAUAUUUGCUGCAGCAGUUUCAAUAACAUCCGAGUUGUUUGGUCCCAACAAUGUUGGCGUCAACCACAACAUCCUCAUAACCAACAUACCCGUUGGAUCGCUCGUAUAUGGACUACUUGCAGCCCUUGUUUACGAUUCCAACGCGAGGCCAAGCAUUGGGAGCGUGGUAUCUGACUCUGUCGUGUGCAUGGGGCGAAAAUGCUAUUUCUUAACGUUCGUGUGGUGGGGAUGCAUUUCUGUUAUUGGGCUUGCUUCGAGUGUGCUUUUGUUUUUGAGAACUAGGCCUGCUUAUGACCGGUUUAAGAAGAAUUGGAGAUCAACACUACUGUAUUGAUGGAAUGUCAGUAAAAAGAGAAGAAACAAGAAAUUUGAUAGGGUUCAAGUAAACAUUGAAGAGAAGAGUAUAAAUUGUAUAGAAAUUUUAAUGUUUACUUGUAUCAUCUGAUAUUAGAUGUAGGAACUGAGAGUGAGUGAGUGAGAGAGUUUUCUUUGUAGCAUAAUUUUAUAAGUGACAUUUAGGGUUGAUUUGGCUUGUUUAAAAAAAGUCAAAAAAUUAAAAAGUCACUAUCCUAUUUAAGUCA